AUGGUGUUCGAAAAGUCAUUGACAGCCAUGGUGAAGGGCAUCCGUGCUCACCGCGGAAAAGAGUCGGAGUACAUCAACUCCUGCAUCGCAGAGAUCAAGAAUGAGGUCACCUCCAAGAACAUGGCGACAAAGUCCAUGGCCGUCUUGAAGCUCGCUUACCUCAAUAUGCUGGGCUACGACAUGGGCUGGGCCACGUUCGCUGUUGUGGAGGUGAUGAGCACAAACCGUUUUGCAACUAAGCGCCCUGGGUACCUUGCCUCAAGCAUAGCCUUCACAGAGCAGACUGAUGUGGGGCUUCUCACCAUCAAUCUCUUCAAGAAGGACUUUGGAUCUCAAAGCGAGUACCAAACUGGGAUGGCCAUCAGCUGCUUGAGCAACAUCUGCUCACCGGAGAUUUCCAAAGACAUCAUUACUGACCUGCUCUCUUUGUUGAGCUCCUCCCGGGCUUACUUGAGAAAGAAGACGGUGCUGUGCCUUUACAGGAUCUUUCUCAAGGAUCCACCAGCGCUGCGCACCUGCUUUCCGAAGCUGAAGGAUCGUCUGACCGACGAAGACCAGGGAGUCCUCACUGCAACCGUCAACACCUUCUUGGAGUUGGCAAGAAAGAACGCGAGGAAUUACUUGUCCCUGGUCCCGCAGCUGUACCACGUCUUGGUCAAUACCAGCAACAACUGGCUCUCCAUCAAGCUGCUGAAGGUGUUUCAGCUGCUGUCGCCACUGGAGCCUCGACUUCCAGCCAAGUUGGUGGAACCGCUCACCAACAUUCUGAACACCACAAAGGCCCAAAGUGUGGAGUUUGAAGCUAUCCGCUGCGUUGUCCGCUCGAUGCCUGAAGGUACCGCGAUCGUUGCCUUGGCAAUCGAAAAACUCCAGGCCUUUCUGAACUCCUCGGACCGGAACUUGAGGUAUUUGGCUUUGGAUUUAUUCAGAGAAGUUAUCGAGAAGUUCAAGGAGAAGGCACCUGUCAGCGACCUGCACGACAAGGUGCUGACUUCCAUAGAGGAAUCAGAUGUCACAGCUCGGCACAUUGCGCUGCAGCUUUUGGACAAAAUUGUCCAUCCCUCGAACUUUCAGGAGGCAGUGCAACGUCUUCUUGAAUUUAGCAGGAAGGCGAUGCCCAACGAUGAGUUCCUUGGAACAAUUCUUCGCAUGGGUUCAAGGGACCGCUAUGCAUUGGUGGAGGACUUUGCCUGGUACCUGCUAAUCCUUGGUGAGAUCAGCAGAAACCUGGACUCGUCGCACGCAGAGACUGUUGCAGAGCAAUUCGUCGACAUCUGUGUUCGGGUGCCGCAAGUGCGGCCAUACGCCGUCACGCUAGCUCUGAGCCUCCUGGAUGCCCCGUCAGCUGGAGACGGGGCGGAAGGUGCAGACAAAGCAUCGCCGGUGUCAAGUGCGAUGAUCGGUGCUUGUGCCUGGACUUUGGGGGAGUACUGUGGAGACCUGGAGAAGCCGGCAGAGGCAAGUUUCCUCAGCGGCGCCCGAUGCCUGCUUGCAAGCAAGGGUAUCCAGGCCUUAGAUGCAUACAUUCAGACGAGAUGUGUGUGGGCUGCAACGAAGCUGUACAUAAAUGCCCCGCAUCAUGCCCCGGAUGCAGUCUCGCAGCUGCACGAGAUGCUCAAUGCCAGCCUUCCUGCCUUUGUUCGCUCCACUCAUGUGGAUGUUUCCGAGCGGUCGUCUCUUGUUCUUCACAUGGCCAGCUUCUUCAAGGCGGAUGGUGAUCGCAUCGCUGAUGCGAAUACUGUGCUGUCUGAGCCAUUGCUGCCCGUCAAGGCUGAUGCACAGGCACAAGUCCAGCCGGCGAUAGAUCUCGAUGAGCCCUUCUUUGCAAAGGAGGAAGCGCAGCCGUCAUUCCUUCCGGUUCGCGCGGAUCCUACAGAUCCCUACUCCUUGGCUUCAACUUACAAGGAUGAUUUGGGCAUUCUGGCUGCGCAAGAGCCCGCAAAAUCUGUGACGGGGCCGCCAUCACAAGCAUCUCAGUCAUCCAUUUUUUACCUGGGCCAGUCCAAGGAGCAGGUGCCAGCAGAGGGCACAGAGCAGGCAGAGCCGGCUCCAGAUGCGCAGGCCAAAGAUCCUUUGGCUCAGAUGCGCGAGCGCCUGGAAGCUCAGAGAACUUCUUCAGCCUCAGCGCCAAAGUACCAGGUGAUGAGGGAGGAAGUGUCAGUCCCAGGCGGUCUAACCAACAGCAUUGGCCAGGUUCCAUCCUCAAGCUCAUCAGCCAACGCCCUGCCAACUCCACCUGAGAAGGAGCUGACGGAGCUGCACGGCCGUUUGUGGACAUGCCACCGCGGAAGGCACAUUGCCGUCUACGCGUGUGUGAGAUCGCACAACUUGAGGAAGCAGCAGCUUCGGAUAGAUCUCCGAUGCGAGCGAACGGAUGUGGACUCUUCACAGGUGGUCUCUGACGUAAUGAUGAGCUUCCCAAGUGCAGUGACGCUCUUGGAGGUGCAGGCGCCGGGGCUGGUCUUGGUGCAGGGCCCGCUGCAGCAACGCUCCGCUAAGGUGAAAGCCCUGGUUAGCACAACCAACUUCAGAUCACCUGGUGUUGUUGCCUUGCGUUGUGAAGUGGACUACAGCCUGGCAUCCGAGAGUGAGGAGGCAAAGCAGGAGAAGGAGCCCUUUGAGUUGCAACUUCCUGCUACCACUUUCCUCGUCCCUCAGCCACUGAGCGAGGACGACAUCUCUGAGUACAUGUCGCAGCAUGCAGCAGAGCUGCUGAAUCACAAAGCGGUGCAGGCUGUGUCAUUUGCUUCUGCCGGGCAGCUGGAUGUUUCUAUGCUGGUGGGCAGGUGUGCCGGCCUCUGCCACCUGGCGGGAAUCCGGCAAGCAGUACCUCAGAGCCAGGACCUGAAGUUUAUUCUCGCUGGAACUUGCUUGCCUUCGACUGAUGUGCCUGUGGAGGGUCAACCGCCACCAAAUGCAAAGAUCAUUUGCAUGUGCGUUGCCAUGGUUAGGGAGUCCAAUCUGGAACUGAAAGUCACCGUCAAGGCAUAUCGGCAGGAGGUCGCCGACGAGAUUGGCUUGCAUAUUGCCAAUACCUUUCGAGAGCUGGUGGAGGGACGCUUGAGAGAGAUGUAG